AUGGCCGGCUUUCAAAUCCUGGAUCCGUCCAUUGUACGACAGCUCCUGGAGCUCGCGUUGGAGCUUGCCCCUUCCUUUCCUUAUGCAUCGCAUUUUGGUUCUCCUGGGGUAGGUAAUGUAGCUCAAAAAGACAGAGUGGAUGGCUGGAAGAAGAUGAAGCAAGAUAAGAUUGUUAUUCGAAUGAGCACUGGCCACGCUACUUUAGAUCCUGCUUCUCCAACCAUCCCCUCCUUACGUGAUUAG